AUUCAGUAAUGGCUGUCUGACAGUUUACAGUUUUCUUUCAUGCCAUCAAAUCGAACGAUACACGAACUAUCUUUUUCCUAAGUCCUAACUAAUACUUCAUUUAAGUGUUGACUAAGUUAUAGUGAAGUAAAAUUCUAUUUCAAAAAUUGUUUUCAUAUUAUGAAUGUAACAGCGUCCCACUCCUCAGAACCUUCAUGGAGCAGGCGGUGUUCAACAGAAACAAUUUUCAGCAUACAAGGAAAAGAAACAGAUUUUGUCCGAGACACGAGUGACACAGACUUCUUCAGCGAGGGCGAAUAUGAACCCAUCACGGACACGGAGGACGACGGACUGAACUCUAGAAACUCUUCUUGCCAAAGUGACGAUGACAUCAUAACGACCAAGGUUCUAGAGGUGUCAGUUGGUGACGAUGGUGAAUUGCAGUUGGCUGACUCUGAGCAGACGGUGACGGACGACAAUGAUUCGGAGAUAGAUCUACACGACUACUGGCUGUGUGCGCAGUGCCAGACAGAAAACAAUAACCCCCGGUAUCGAUACUGCGAGAAAUGCUUUAAGGUACGUAGAGAUUUCUUCCCGCCGAGGCCGAAGCGAAAGAACCGCCGUAAGAACCGCUUAGAGACAGAUAUUCUGCGUCCACAAUCCUCAAACUCAGAUAUAAACGCGAAAAUCGUUCCGGAAUCACAGACCAAAAGCGUAACACUUUCGCAAGUAGAUCCGACAAAUGUUCAACCUUUUCCAAGUAGUUCGCAAGAUUCCGGCGUCGAAUCGGUUACCAACAGCCAAGGCUUGAGCCAAGACGUCCAAAUUGAUAGUUUAAAUGCAAUACUAGGUAGGAAUUUAAAGCGACGCGCGGCUUCGGCCGAUCGUAACGUUAAAAGGUUUAAAGACAGUAGAGAUUUCGGAUCGGCAGUUGAUGAAGAUGACGUCAAGCCACUUAAUAAAACGACUAGUGAUCCAGAAGUAAAAAUAGACAUCAUGAACGCCCCACAAAAACGUCGCUCCUCGACGAAUACGGCUAUUGCUAGUAGUGAUAUAAAUGAUAUGUGUAUAACUUGCUGUUCAGCCCCAAAAUCCGGGGUGUUCGUUCACGGGCGAAUAGCGCACAUAUGCUGUUGUUUCAAAUGCGCGGUCAAGGUUUGGAACAACGCCAAAAGGUGUCCGGUUUGCAAUUGUAAAGUUAGUAAUGUGUUAAAGGCUGUUGUUAUGUAACGAAAGCUCAAACCCCGUUUGCCUGAUUCGAAAAGUGGUAACCAUAGUACAUAAAUUUUAUUUCUAGCCAUAGCUUUUCUUAUCCACGUCUAUGAUUCACUUAUUUAGCCAUGAUCAGUCAUUUGUCACUUAUCAUCUGACAAUUUACUUUCAUAAGUUAAUAGAGAAGCAAAUAUUUAGUUUACACUAAUUACGAAAGGUGAUUUUAUAAACAACCUUUAUAAUGAUUGUCGAGAUGAAGCCUCUGCUGCUCAUAUAUAAACACAAAAAUUUACUUGUCUUUUCCCUUAUGAGAAAAACAUAAUACCAUUCGGAAAGUUGAUAGGCCAGCCACAAUAUAUUCAUGUAGGUCACUCUGCAAUAGCGUUGAGCGGACAAAAUUCUAUAGUCUUUGGCAAGCACUUUGUUUUACGAGGUGAUUUUUAGGAAAAUUUAUGGGAAUUAGGAAAACUCAAAACAGAAGCAUCGCAUAUACGAAUUCAACUAACAACUAAUCGUGCCUGGUAAACAGUAAAUGGUAGUAUUUAACCAAACCAUGUGCUUUGGCUAUUCCAUUAUGGCUAGUCGAAGUAGUCGACUACCUAGUCAAUAAUGACAGCUUUGCCCGCUUUUUUACGUUGAUCCGACUUCCAUUGACAUUCAUCAAAUUUAAUAAUUUUAUAUCUACUGUUUUUUAAAGAACUACAAUAGUAAAGUGCAAUUGAAAAUCACAUGACUUAAUAAUGUGUUUAUAUUCACUCAAUAGGUUAAAACCAAAGUGGGCAAUGUUAAAAAAGGUUACAACAUCAAUUUAUUUAAUUAGGUGGGCUGACAUAUAGAUGGCGCUACUAGUAUUAAAUUAAUAUUAUUAGUCCUAAUCUUUAAGACCUAAUCAACUUCACUUUUCGUUUAUCCAAAAUUAUUUUGUGGAUUUUUGAUGUAUUCGUUGGUAAUAGCCUCUUUGCGGGGCGUCCACUGCGUGCAUCAUCCUCGGUGCUUAGCAAACCACUUCUGAAUGGUUGAUUUUCCUGGUGCAGAGUCCGAAUAAUGUUUAUCAAUCAAGCAAGCCUUGGCUCCAAUAGUUUUUUUUUUCGCCAAAAAGCAAUGGUUUAUCAACAUACGUUAUUCCUUUAGAUCUAUUUUUCAAUAAACAAAUGUUCCUUCAGUCCAACUAAUAGUACGACAGUUGUCAACUUUAUACACGUAUCAUUCGAAUUCGAAGAUUUGGGCUAACUAAAAAUCAUAUUAAUUUAAUACUAGUAUAUUUAAUCUAUAUGUCAGCCCACCCAAUAUAAUAAGUUCAUGUUAAAUGGAAUGACAUAGCAUUACUAUAAGCUUAUAGUGGUAAAACUAAAGCUAUGAAAUCUUUGUGAUGUAAUUUUUAACGUUUCUUAAUUUUAAACUUUUCUCAUUUAACGCGUGAAAUGUUAUUUUUUAUGGAUAAACUUUGCUCUGCAAACUGCUUCAUAUUUUUCUUAGUUGCAAAUUUAUCUAAAAUCCAACCAUAUUUUGUAGUUCUAUAUUUUCUUAUUCAGUCUGUUCAUGUAUAGCUGCUGUUAUGUCAUCAUCAUACGCAACAGAAUCUGAAUAACUUGUAUCAUGCAAACCUAGAAUAGAAGAAUUUUAAGAACUGGUAUCUUCCUAGGUUGUUUUUUGCGGCGAUUCUCGUUACGUUGGUGUUUUUAUUGUGUUGUCUUUUUGUUUUUAAUUUAUUGUUAAAUAAAUUCUGUUUGUGUUUUCACUUUGUUUUUUACUUUUUUUUUGUAAAUAUUUUCAUAUUUAGACUUGAUUUAGAUGUUACUUCAUUGUCAUAUAAUUUUGCUUCCAUUUUGAUAAUUGUUUUGUCAAAUGUUAUAGUAAGAUCGGGUGUCACUUUCGCAUUUGAAAUAAUUUCGAUUUUGAACGCUUUUAAGUUGUAUUUGUAGAUGGUUGUCGCAAGCAUUUUGUUAUCGUCUUCAUUAUUUGCUAUGUACUACAUAUUUUGAAAGUUUACUAAUUUCACAUAUGUCCUACAAAGGUUUUUCUGGUAAACUGAAAAAUAUUAUUCAAAGUAUUUAAACAAAGAAAGAAUGUUAAAUACUUUGUGCUUUUUCCAUGCCAUUGUCGUAUAUAUUGGUUUUUUUCAUUUAUUUUUGCAAGAUUGCCGAAGAUUUGAAAUAAUCUAUCAGGAAAUUAUUAAAAAAAAAAUCUGAUAGCCAGUGCAGUCUAACAUAAUUCUCGUGUUAUAUAUUUUCAAAUUCUUUACGUUUCUUAAUAGUUUUAUCUUCUAUAUUUUUUGUUUCUGCUUCUUUGAUUUUAGAGAGUCUACUAGGCAUGUAUCAUCUGCAAAUGAAAUAUAGGUAAAGUAAUGUAAAAGUCCAAUGUCUGAUCCCUGCGAUUUACCUUCUGGUAUGGUUACAAAGACGCUUUCUUCGUUGCACACCAAAACGAUAUGUUCUAUGUUGCUGAUGGUUUUUACACCUAUUUGAAUAGGUUUCCUUGUACGCCGCAGUCGUAGUAGGUUUUUAGGAUCACUCUAUACCUCAAUGUAUCGAAUGUUUUGCUAAAGUCAAGAAAUAUUACUAGAACAUAAUAUUUUUUUAUUUAGGCGCUUGUAAAUUUAUCUGUGAAUUCGGAUAGUUAUUGUGUGGUGUUAUUAUUUGGUUGGAACUGUCUACUUUCUUAGAAAGAAUAUGUUUUAUAAUAACUUUGAAUUUGUCCACAUAUAUGUCUUUUGUUAUAAGCUGCCUGCAUAGUUAAAGGUACUAUGUACUAUUUUAAUAAAUUGGUAUAUUGGCCAGUGUAAAUGCUGUUUAAUGUUUAUUACAUUAGAUUAGCAAUUGUUACGUUGACACUAUUGCAUAGCAUUUUAAUAUCUACAGCAUGUAUUCAAUCUGCGCCUGGAGAUUUUAUAUCAUAUUAUGAAUUAGUUAUGUUUGCAACUGAUUCAGAGUCUUCAUUCUGACUGAAAUCUCCUAUUAGUAUUUUCUGUACGGUGGAAAGAGCAUUUAUCUAACAGUGGGUGUACUAUUUGGUUGCAAUAUUACUAAUACUAUUGUGAAAGGUAUUUCUAAUGACUUUACAAGUAGUAUUUUGAUUUCCAAAUGAGAGGUACAGCUAUUUCAGUAGAUGCUUUAUUUUUUCUUUUAAUUGAUUGAGAUUGUGGUGUUCGGAAUUGUUUUUCAGCUUGAAAUUUUUUUAUUGUUCGCAUCCAGCAACCUCCAUCAUUUCCAACUAAUAGUCGCUGUAAGUUCUUGAUCCAAGCCUGCUGCAUCUUUUUCUUCUCAUUCUAAAAAAAAACAUUAUGUUAUCACCUUAAUUGUUGGUACGAUUUUUUGUUUAGUUGAGGAUCUUCUAAAAUAGUGCUGAAAUCCAGCAGUUAAAUAAAAUACAUAUUUAAAUCAUUUUUAAAUAUUAAUCAUGUUUUAUUUGUGUAUUCUUAGUCUCUCUUUGUGUAUUUUUAGUGUGGGCGAAGUUAGCAUUAGGGUUUCUUACUUAUGACAUUGGCCAUCACAAUUACUUCACAAGCAAAUUUGCAAAAUUAAUUGUUCGACGCAGAAUAAAAAAUAAGCCAAUAGUAAGUUAUGCACUUUUGAUAUUUAAUACAAAAAAUGCUUAAGUAGGCAAAUUUGAACUCAAAGGGCAAAGCUAUCAUGAUUGACGUAUUUUCAAAAACCUAUGAUCCUGAUUAAGCCUCUUCAAAUUGUAUUUAUUUGCCUGUUUACGUGUCUACAAACUGUAAAUUCGGCUUUUGACUACUUUUUUGAGGGUUUGUGGAAAUAUUUUAUAAAAUUGUACUUGAGCUAAAUCGCAGAGGUUUCAUCACUUUUUCAUAAUCAACUUUUAACUAAAAAAUAGUUUGGUUCAUUUUUCAAUCGUUUUUAUGAAAUAAAACUUGUUUAUAGGUAAUUAAUAUUAUAUUCUGUAACUUAUUUGUAACCACCGAAAAAGAGAGAUAUAUUUUAUUAAAAAAUACUUAGAAUAUUAUAAUUAUAAGAAUUAUAUAUCUAUAUUUCAUCUUAAUUAUUUCUUUACCAUAGGGUAAAAAAUCAAUCAGUCAAAAUCAAUAAAAUCUUUUUCGGUCUGAGCCUCAGAUUUUUUAUCAUUUGUUAAUCUAAUAGGCAAGUAGGUGAUCAGCCUUCUGUGCCUGACGCCCGCCGUCGACAUUUUGGG